GAUUCAAUGAUCUAUGAUGAUGUGCACAUCAACUUCACUCAGGAAGAGUGGGCUUUGCUGGAUCCAUCCCAGAAAAGUCUCUACAAGGAUGUGAUGGUGGAGACCCACAGGAACCUCACUGCCAUAGGCUACAAGUGGGAAGACCAUAAAAUUGAAGAACAUUGUGACAGUUCUAGAAGAAAUAAAAGGUAA